AUGGCGGGUCUGUUUUUGAGACAGUUUUGGGCCUUGUUUUGGAAGAACUGGAUUGUAAUGUCCAAACACCCUUGGCUGAACACGCUGCGAUGUUUUAUCAUGCCUGUGGCCUAUGGCAUCUUCCUCGCUGUUGCCCAACUCUUCCUCAACAAACCUAACAACUUUGGUCUGGGAACCGCGAUAGCGGUGCCGCGUCUCGCGGAUGUCUACGACGGAAAGCUGGCGCUCCUGUGGGCAGACGGCACCAACGGAACCGGCUCGCCCUCCGCGCAGGAAAUCAUCAACACCGUUACCCGUGGUUUCUCGUCGCGCCAGCUCGCAGGCGUUCGCAAGCUCGACGCAGUCGACGACAUCCCGUCCGCUUGCCCGCAGAACUUCAACCUCUUCUCUGAGUGCUUCGCCGCGGUCGCGUUCAACGAGUUACCAGCCGCCUCGGACACCGUCGGUUCGAUCAAUUAUACGCUCAGAGCGGACGCAGGUUUGUUCCACAUCGAUGUCACCAAACACAACAGCGACUACGAGCAGCGGUUGCUCCCUCUCCAGUGGGCCGUAGACAGUGCCAUCAUCGAACUGAGAACGGGGACGACGUCACCGACGCCUCGAGAAUGGCCAUUCACCCAAGAGACGAACGAUGAGCAGUUCACGGAGAUCAGGUUGAGCUACAUUCGAGGCUUGCGGACGCUGCUCGUUUUGGCCCUGUUCAUCUGCUAUGUUGGGAUCUCUUAUCAGCUCCCCGGCUCGUUCAGCGGAGAGCGCGCGAACCUGCUCACAGCUCAUCUAAAAGUGAUGGGUCUCCUCGAUUCGGCGCGCAUCAUUUCGUGGCACAUCAGCAUCUCUUUGGCAUACCUUCCUGCCUGGGUCAUCGUCUCGAUUAUCUGGCACUUCCGCAUUUUCACCGCGACUAAUAUCGGGAUCAUCAUCGUAGUCCAUCUCCUUCUGGGCUUCACCCUCGCUAGUUGGUCAUUCUUUGUCGCCACACCAUUUGGCAAGUCGCCGCAGCUCGCCGCGGUCGCAUCCACCUUUCUCUCCAUCGUCUUCGCCAUCCUUGCUCUCGUCUUCUCGCGCGCGAGCACUGGCGCGGCAUUCGUCUUCACCUUGAUCUUCCCUCCUGGGUUCUACAUAUUCGCCAUCCGCGCGAUAUGCGGGUGGGAAGUGCACCGGCUCGCGACCGACGCGCUUCAGCCAGAUCCGGACAGCGGCCUCCGACUCCUGCCUCUAAUCAUCGCCGCUAUUAUCGACGUCUUCCUCUGGCCAUGGCUCGCCACGCUGUGGGAAAGUCGUUUGUAUGAUGCCCGGAACCCGUCGACACGCUCAUGGUGGUCGUGUUUCGGUCGUCGUGCCCGGCGUGCGGAGGAUGGCAUGCCGCAGAUGGCGCCCGACAUGGCCAUAUCCGUCCGGAAUCUCGGUAAGGAUUUUAAGUCGUCGUUUUUCAAGAGCGGCAAGGGCGUCGUCACUGCUGUAUCCGAUCUGAGCAUCGACGUACCCAAGUUCGGCAUCUAUGUUCUUUUGGGCUCGAACGGGGCGGGAAAAUCAACGACGAUGUCGAUCCUCGCGGGGCUUCUGGGACGCACGCGCGGUACGGUCACUUUCGAAGGCGGCAUUGAGAAACCGCCCCGAGGCACCAUCGGCAUCGUCCCGCAGAAGAACGUGCUCUUCCCAGAGCUCACUUGCUUCCAGACGUUGCGGGUCUGGAAGGCGGUCAAGCGCGCGGACGGACGGUCGGACGACGACAUCGAGCAGCUUCUCCGGGACUGCGACCUUGGCAAGAAGAUCCACUACAACGCGAAUGCGCUGAGCGGCGGACAAAAGCGGAAACUGCAGCUUGCCAUUGGGCUGAUUGGCGGAUCCAAGAUUGUCUUGGUCGACGAAUGUACAUCUGGGGUCGACCCACUGUCUCGACGAGCGCUUUGGCGCACGCUCAGCUCGUUCCGCAAUGAGCGUACCGUCGUCUUCACAACCCACUUUCUGGAUGAAGCCGAUCUCUUGGCGGAUCACAUCGCCGUCCUCAAGGCCCCGGGUACUCUCGUCGCUAGUGGGACUCCGGUAACCCUCAAGUCUAACCUCGGCGAGGGUUACAUUGUGACUACUACUUUUGCGGAAGACAACGAGAAGUCGGCCGGCGGCGAUCACGCGAACCAGCUGCUCGACAGGAUACGCGCGCUGGCACCCCUCACAUACACGACAUCGUCGUCUCCCCAUGAAAUCUCCUAUCAUCUCAAGCUAAAGGAAGCGUCCGAGGUCCAGCAAGUCUUGGAGCUGGUGGAGGCCAGCCGCGAUGCCUACGGGGUAGCAAACUAUUCAGUCAAUGGAACGUCAAUCGAGGACAUAUUCCUGGGUCUCAUGCACGAUGAGCGGCCCUCUAUCGAAGAGAAGAACGAAGAUGCCCACUCAUCAACGACGCCUUCCCUCGUGCACAAUAGUAACGCUACGGCGGUCGCCCCCCUGGAGCUCACGAACGGCCGACGUCGGUCCCCGCUCAGCCAAGCGUUCACCAUAUUCCACAAGCGCGUCCUGAUUGCGAAGCGCAGCUGGCUUACACCGACUCUUUCCGUGCUCAUCGCCGUCGCCGGCGCGUGCAUCCCGACCUUCUUCCUGAACGGACAAAGCGCCCCGUCGUGCGUCAUGCGCUUCCGCAACGUCCCGCAAGUUCCUCUUUACCUCCCGUUGUCGCCACUCGGCUUCUUGGGGGAGAUCUCCACUGGCGGGCGCAUCCUGGAGUCCCCGCCGGGGAUCGUGUCAACGCUCGGGAAUAGCACGUCUAUGCUGCUCCUAGACCCCAUCUCAGACAACGCGACAUUCGUCAACACCAUCGAUCAGACGUUCAUCGACGAGCCCUUCGGCGGUGUCUCGGUCGACACCCAGUCCGGCAACGCGCUGCUUGCCUGGGAAGCGACCCCGCCUGGGCUCACCGGUCUCGUCAUGCUCAACCUCGUCUCGAACAUCCUGUACAACAGCGCGCAGAACAACGCCUCCGGCCCUGUCAUCCAGGCGAACCUGCAAAAUCUACCUAUGAUCGCCGCUGGGACGCUUGUCGCACUCAAGUGGGUGGCCUUCUUCGGCGCGGCAAUGGCCGUCUACCCUGCCUUCUUCUCGCUCUAUGUCGCGAAAGAGCGCCGCGCGGCCGUGCAAGCGAUGCAGCUCUCGAACGGUCUAGCGGACCCAGUUGGAAUGUGGUUGGGUCAUUUGCUCUUCGACUCGAUCUUCGCGGUCCUCGCGGCGUCCAUCAUCAUCAUCAUCUUCGCGACCACGGGGGAGCACUUUGUCGGGCUCGGGCUCUUUUGGGUGGUGCUGGUACUCUAUGGCAUCGUGGGCGCGUUGUUUUCGUACUGCGUGUCGCUGAUCGUCGCAUCACCUCUGGCGGCAUUUGCGCUCGCCGCCGGGUAUCAGGUCGUCAUGUUCGUGCUUUACCUGGCCGCAUACUUACUGGUCCUCACUUAUGCCAAGACGUCGGAGGCUGGCAAAGACCUCAUGCUCAUCCAUUACACCAUGUCGCUUUUAGCUCCAGUGGCGAGCCCCUUGCGCGCUUCCUUCGUUUCCGUCAACUUGUUCUCCCUGCUCUGUGACGGCUCCGAAGUCGUCGACACAGCUGCUCUCGGAUCGAUCCAGCGCUACGGCGGACCCAUCGCAUACCUCUUUGUGUACGGUUUUAUCCUCUUCGGCAUCCUCGUCUGGGUCGAUUCAGGCUCCGUCAUUGUGCGCAAGUUCUCGCAGUUCCGGAAGAACAGUUUCGGUACCCGUGCAAAAGAAGCGCCUGUGGCCGGGCAAGACGUCAAGGACGAAGCAGCUCAGGUGUCAGGGUCGACCGAUGCCCUCCGCGUGAUGAACGUCGUCAAAGCGUUCGACACCUCGGACAACCGUGUGGUGGACGAUGUGAGCUUCGGCGUGUCGAAGGACACCAUCUUCGCGCUCCUCGGUCCGAACGGCGCAGGCAAGACGACAACGUUCAACGUUAUCCGUGGCGACGUCAUCCCCGACGAAGGCGACGUGCUCAUCAACGGCAUGUCGAUCGUCCACCAUCCGCGCUCGGCCCGGCUCUCCCUCGGUGUCUGCCCGCAGUUCACCGCGAUCGACUCGCAGCUGACGGUGCGCGAGCACCUGCUCAUCUACGGGCGGCUCAAGGGCCUCACGCGCGGCGCGGAGCUGCAGACGAACGUCGACCGGCUGAUGCGCGCGACGGCGCUGCACAUGUACGCGGACCGGCUCGCGAGCGCGCUCUCGGGCGGGAACCAGCGCAAGCUGUCGCUCGCGAUCGCGCUCAUCGGGAACCCGUCCGUCGUGCUCAUCGACGAGUUCUCGACCGGGAUCGACGCGAAGAUGAAGCGGGACAUGUGGGGCACACUCCGGAACGUCGCGGUCGGGAAGGCGAUCGUGAUCACAACUCACUCUAUGGAAGAAGCGUCGGCGCUGGCCAACAAGGUCGGCAUCCUUGCCAAAAAGAUGUUGGCGGUUGGGACGACGGACGCGCUCGUCGAGCGCUACGCUACGUACGAGGUCCACUUCACGUGCAGGACGCGGGACGAGGUCGCGCGCGCGCAGGAGCUGAUGGCCCAGGUACCCGGGGCGCGCAUGGCGGACGACGUCGCUACGCGGUUCGCGGUGCCCAUCGUCCGGGGCGGCGACGGGCUCUCGCUCGCGCAGCUCUUCGCGGUGCUCGCGCGUGGGGACCUCGCGGAGUACGCGGUCGAGCGCGCGGGGCUCGAGAGCGUGUUCUUGAAGGUGAUCCGGGAGAACAACGUCGCAGAGGAGGACAGAGACGGCGGGCGGCGGCGGUGGUUGCGGAUGUGCUGA